AUGGCUGCAGCUGCCUUGCCCCUUGCAGCUCGUUUUUACACGCCGCCGGCGCUGUCUCCCAAUGGCCACAUGAAAAUUGUACCCAGGCCCUUGGUGGCAACAAAUUGGCAGGCCAUCCCUCAGGCCAUCCAGCCGGGCAAUGGAAUUCAACGUCAAAUUUUCGUUCAGGGGCCAGAGUCUUCAACGCAGUGGCGGCAAUUUCCGACUGCACCAUCAGCAACACCCAAGGUGCUCGUGGUGCAACAGUCGGUCGACGGGACUCGCAGCCCCGCGACUCGCAGCCCUGCUGGGUCGUUUCAAGAGGAUGCAAAGCCAACUGGUGGUCGUGAAGCUUCACCAGAACGAGAGGAAGGCUUUCGAAAGCGUGGAGGGGAGGGCAGGUCAAGUGGAGGCGGUCCAUCUUCCCUUAACUUCUCGACUCCGUCAAAGGUUGCAAAGGCUCGAAAGGCUUCGGCGGCCACGCCGAAGGAGCGUGGUGGCACAGGAGCGCAGGCAACUGCGUCCCGGAACUCGCCUCGUGGUCAGGGUUCGAGGCGCACAUCAAGUGUCUGUGCUCUAUCCCCACGGAGGGAGAAGGCCAAGGAAGCACCAAAGGAGCGCUUCUCACCAGCUUGGCCUGUCGUGGAGACCUUUGCUCGAGAGGAGGUGCCCAGGCAAAAUCUUCGCUCUGACUGUCGAGAUGCCUGUACUCGCGCAGAAUCUCCCCACGACUGCAUCGCAAGUGCGCGCAGCAGAUCUCCCGAAAUGGAUGGCGUGAUGCGUAGAUCGGGGGCAGGUCGAUCCUCGGGUGGUGGGCCAUCUUCAAUUUGCCUUGGGGACACGCCAUCAAGACCUCCGCAACUGCGCAUUCCCCAGAGGGCCUUCUCUGCUGAUGGACCGAUGCAGGCCUCGAGAGACCCUGGCUGGAAAGAGCCUCGCCGACGCCAGUCUGACAUGAGCGUGAAGAGUCUUUCGACGUACUGUCCGGAGGACACGCCCUGUGUGGCCGUGAGCGCGACAGAUGCCGGGGAGGAGCGAAGCAUGGGAUAUGAAGAUGUCUUUGCAGAGAACAGGCUGCUCCGCGCCGAGAAUGCUCGACUUCAAUCAGAGCUGGAGAAGUGCGAUGACUGGGCAUGGCU